AUGGACGUAUUAAAAGAAGGUGGUUAUAAAGAAAGACCGUCUUUAGAUUCUCAUGAAACCGCUGAAGGAUUGGAUAGGCGAACUCGUCUCCAGAUUUCGAUUGUUAGCACCGUGACAUCUUCAGAUGGAUCGUUUGUGGAAUACGAAAUCGCACACAAGAAGCGAUCUGUUUGGAGGCGGUAUUCAGAUUUCGAGUCUUUGGUAAAGUUGAUGCAUAGACGCUACCCAGCAGCAAUUGUACCACCAAUUCCAGGAAAGCAAUCACUACUAAGCUAUGCAAAGAAUCCUAGAAAAGCGAAAAAUGAUGCCGAUUUUUUGGGAUUCCGUUCCCGUAUGCUUGAACUCUUCCUUCGCCAGUGCUUCUUACAUCCAUUGCUCCAUGUCGAUAUAGAUUUUGACAAAUUUAUCAAUUCCAGCAUUUCAUGGAGCGCCAUAAUAUCUUCUAUGGGUUUACCAAAAGAUUCCACCGAUCCUCUUCGCUUGCCUCCGAUUGGUACUGAACCCGACCCUUUUGCGCACUUGCGCUCUUCUAUGCCUUUAGUAAUGUCUAACGCAGUAACCCCUCCAUCCUCAAAAAGCAAAAAACAAAAUGUUCCUUCUCAAUCAGCCCGUCCCACCAGCAACCCUUCCACUACCUCUUCUAUAGAUGGACCUGUCUAUCCGGACUCUGAAGACGAAGCAAAACAUCCACCUACAUCUAGUGAACUGCUCAUUACGCAUGAUUCAGAUGAUAAUACAUCUUCUGCUUCUGUUCAAGAACAUUCCUCCUACCUCCCAUCGGCUAUUGAUGAACUUUCCAUAUCUUCAAAUCCACAAGACACUACCCGCCCAGAAUCCAAAGAUUUAACAACGUAUACCAAUGAAGUAAUGCUUUGUCGAAAGUUUCUGCAUCAUAACCUCAGCCCUUCUAUUCAUUCUACUUUAAAUGGGAUUUCUAAAAUGGAGUCAUCUCUCUCCAAAUUGGGAUCUGCUUUUCAUUCUUUAACCGCUUUAAGCGAGGCUCACUUAGCAAACCAUUUACAAGUCAUUGCUAAUGCGUUCGAAUUUAGUGGGAUGUAUGCAAAGGAAUUAGAACAAGAGUUUAACUCUGCUGUAUACGAAAAGCUAAUUCAGUCGAUGCAGUUAGCUCGUUCUGCCGUUAGGGCUCUUAAAUAUAAGGACUUAAAAAUACAGCAGAGAGAUUUUUUAAAAGAUCAGUUAGUUCACUCGAGCUCUAUCAAUUCAAUAGAUUCGUCGUCGCCCUCUUCUCAGCCAUUCAAUCGGCUGAACACAAUUCAACGCACAAUGGUUUCACAUGCAAAAAAGGGAUACACAAUUUUUGGAAAAUUACAGAAUGCAAUUUACGAUUUUGUUGAUGGCGAAACAUCCAUUAGCAAGGAAACGUUGCAAGAGCAUAGAACAACUAUUGAAAACCAACUGACCGCUGCAAGCUGGGAUUGUCAAACAAUUGAUAAACUCAUCGAUGAGGAGCUAGAAUUCUAUAAAUUAUGCCAAAGCACUCAACUGCAAGAGAUAGUGAACGCGGUGCAUGCUUCAAUUUCAAAAUGGGCGCAAUCAAACCUACAACGAUGGUUACGAACAAGAGAAGAAUUAGAGGAAUUGUCGAGAUGUAUAUGA